GCAGAAAGAGGCGGGUAGACGGGGAGAGGAAAACUCGGUCUAACAGAUCAAUAAUGUUGAGUUUAUUACCGAGAAAAUGGUGUUACUGAGAUUGAAAUGCUGAUUAUCGCAGUUCUUGUCCUUUUGGGGACAGGGCUGAGGGGGAAAUGCGAGACUCACUCCCUCACCUACAUCUACACGGCGCUCUCCAAACCUGUCGGCCUCCCGGGCAUCCACCAGUUCACAGCCAUGGGUUUGCUGGACGACAAGAUGAUCGACUACUUUGACAGCGAGCAUCAGGUGAAAGUUCCCAAACAGGAGUGGAUGAGAGAGCGUUUACCUGCUGAUUACUGGGAUAAAGGCACACAGUCCCGCAAGACCAAGCAGCAGUGGUUCAAGGUCAACAUCGGCAUCCUGAUGGAGCGAAUGAGACAGAAUGACUUAGACAACCCCCACGUUCUUCAGUGGAUGGUGGGCUGUGAGGGUGAAAAACAGACUGACGGCACGCUCAGGUUUGUCCGAGGCGUGGACAUGUACAACUACGAUGGAAACGACUUCCUGUCCUUCGAUGAUAAAAACGGAGUCUGGGUCGCUCCGACUCCCGAGGCAGAACCCACCAAGAGGAAGUGGGACGGCGUCCAGGUGCUGAAAGAGUACACCAAGGGAUACCUGGAGAACGAGUGCAUCGAUUGGCUGAGCAUGUUCUUGAAUUAUGAACAACAGCAGCUCAAAAAGAAAUCUCCACCUGAGGUGUUUGUGUUUGCAAAGAAGGCCAAAGUGCAGACAAACCUCAUCCUGACCUGCCUCGCCACAGGCUUCUACGCCAAAGACAUCAUCAUGAGGAUCACAAGGAACGGACGUGUUCUGACUGCAGACGACGGCCUGAAGAGUUCAGGAGUUCUUCCAAAUAACGAUGAGACCUUCCAGAGGAGAGAGUCUGUGGAGAUUUUAAAGUCUGACCUGUCAAAGUUCAGCUGUGAACUCAUUCAUGAGGCAACGAAUUUGCAUGUUUCAGUGAUUUGGGUUAACCAUCAACAGGAUUACUCUGAUGGGAAUCAAGCUGUGAUCAUUGGGGCUAUGGCUGCAGUCCUGGCUGCAGUCCUGGUUAUUUGGUCUACGCAAGUCUAUAAAACAUGCAUUAUUGGUCACAAACCUGUCUAUGAGCAUAUACCUCUCAUGCCUGCUGAAGGGGAAACUGAUGAGGAAAACACUGGCGAAGCCUGUCAAGAACAGCAUCAUAAAUCGCACUGAUAAACAACCCCGUGUGCUGGAUUCCUCGUCAAUCUCCUGCCACAGCCCAGUGACAAGAAAUUUUAUCCAUGAAGACUCAUGUGAAGCAGAUUUUGAGACUAUGGGAGGAUCAGUCGGAUAUUUCUGCUUUUGUUGCAUUUAAAGAAUGGAAAACUGGU